GGACGAUCUUCCAGACCAACGAGCCCAGCCUCCGACUGAGCAUCGCAUCGCAUCGCAUCACGACGUCCCAUCAUCAGCACCAGACUCGCGCUACGCACUACCCGUUUUGCCCCCACCUCUAAUACCCCGCUCCUCACCCACAGCAUCAGCAAGCAUAUAGCCGUCAUGGCGGCGCCUCCCUCGCUAGCGCCAGGAGCAUGGCAGCCUCAAGCUGGCGGGCUGGCAGAACUCAUCGACUUGUUCAAGAAGUCACAAUCCACUUAUGGGGCUCAACAGGCUGAGAUUGCCGAUCGCCUCGACUCAGUCUCGCGCAUACCAGACUAUGCAAACUAUCUCGCCUUUGUCCUUACCCAGGCCACAAACGAGGAAGUGGCCGUGCGAUCCGUUGCAGGGCUGAUAUUGAAGAACCACCUGCACUUCAACCACGACAAGGUACCCGCUGAGUCCAUCGAGUAUGUAAAGGCGAGCGUGCUAGUCGCACUGUCCUUUCAGGAGGAUCUGCUGAGGAGGACGGCCACACAGGUCGUGUCGAUGUUGAUGGGCAUUCUGGGUCCAGCGAACUGGCAGGAGGGAUUGGAGAAGUUGAUCACCUUGGCAGGAACAGAGAAUACCGUAGAGGCAGAGGGAGCCUACUCGACCUUUGCCAAGAUGUGCGAAGACAUGCCUCGCGACCUCGACGCCUGCGAGAUCAACGGAAUCAAGCUCCUAGACAUCCUCAUCCCCAAGUUCAUCCAAGGCUCCGACCACCCAGAAUCACGCAUUCGCGUCCACGCCCUCAACUGCCUCAACCAAUUCAUCACCCUCGGCUCCUCCUCGCUGCAGGACCACCUCGAUUCCUUCAUCGCCUGCCUCUUCAAGCGCGCGUCAGACGACAGCGACUUUGUUCGCAAAUUCGUUUGCCAGGCUCUCGUCCUCACCCUUAGCGCUCGACCGGACAAGCUUCUUCCAGAGCUGGGGAACGUCGUCGACUUUAUGCUGUACAGCACCCAGGACAAGGACGAGGACGUCGCCGUGGAAGCGUGCGAGUUCUGGCUGCAGUUCGCAGAAGAUCCCAACGUCAAUGCCCACCUGGUCCCAUUUAUGCCGCGCGUCGCACCCGUCCUGCUCAAGAGCAUGGUCUAUGGCGAGAUGGAUCUCAUCCUCCUCGGCGGAGACGACGACGAUGCCGCUGUACCGGACAAGCUCGAGGACCUGAAGCCGCAGCAUUACUCGGCGAAGACGCAUCGCAACGAGAGAGAGGAGGACUCAGCUGCUGGGCCGAGCACGAGCGGUACUGCCAAGUCACGCGCCGCCAUCGAGAGUUCGGGCAACGCCGCCAACGAUGAUGACGACGAUGAAGACGACGACGACUACGACAGCGACGACGACGAAGAGGACAGCGACUCUGAAGUCUCCGAGUGGAACCUCCGCAAAUGCGCCGCCGCCGCGCUAGACGUAAUGGCCUGUCAAUUCGGCGAGCAGCUUCUCGAGAUCCUCCUCCCUUACCUCAAAGAGCGCCUCUUCUCCCCCGACUGGAUGCAGCGCGAGUCAGGGAUCCUCGCAUUAGGAGCUAUAGCUGAGGGUUGCAUCGGUGGCAUCCAGCCGCACUUGCCUACCUUGAUCCCCUUCCUCGUCAGCAGUCUUUCCGACUCCAAGCCACUCGUCCGAUCCAUCGCCUGCUGGACGCUAGGGCGUUACUCGUCGUGGUGCAUAGCGGACAAGUCUGACGAGCACCUGCGCUCCUUCUUCCUGCCGGCGAUGGAGGGGCUGCUCAACAUGGUCAUGGACAAUAAUAAGCGCGUCCAAGAGGCGGGUUGUUCAGCCUUUGCCACCCUAGAAGAAGAGGCAGGCUCGGGCCUCGAACCCUUCCUCGAGCCCGUCCUACGCACCCUCGCUGCCGCAUUCGCGAAGUACCAGCAGAAGAACCUCCUAAUCCUCUACGACGCCAUCGGCACGCUGGCAGAUUCGGUUGGCCAGGCUCUGGGGUCUCGGCCGGAGUAUGUGGACAUCCUAAUGCCGCCGCUGAUCGCCAAGUGGGGUGAGUUGCCAGACGACGAUGGGCAGCUUAUCCCGUUGUUGGAGUGCCUCAGCAGCGUGACGAUCGCCCUCGGCCCGGCCUUUGCGCCGCAUAGCCCGCCCGUGUACUCGCGCUGCCUCAAGAUCAUGCGGGACAAUCUCCUCGCGACACAGAGGGAAAUGGAGCGACCAGAGGAGGAAAGGGAGUUACCCGACGACUCGUUCGUCGUCGUCGCCCUCGACCUACUGAGCGGGCUGAGUCAGGGGUUGGGCCCGCAUUUCGCCGAGCUGGUAGCGAGGGAAGACGGAGCAGCAGCCGCAGCUGCAGCAUCAACAUCAUCGGGUGCCAACCCAGGCCAAGCAGAAUUGCAGCUUAUCCCGCUUCUCGGGGCGUGCAUUACCUCUCCCUCUCCGCCCAUACGCCAGUCCGCCUACGCCCUGCUCGGAGAUCUGGCCCUCUCCACUUUUGACCUGCUACGCCCCACCAUCCCCUCUAUCAUGCCAGAGCUCAUCAGCCAGAUCGAGCCAGAGCCUUCCCUCGCCAACGUCAGCGUGUGCAAUAAUGCCGCGUGGGCCGUAGGGGAGAUUGCACUGCAGUAUCGCGCCGUAGUCGCAAAGGCAGUCGCGACGCCCGAGGAGUCGGCUUCGGGCUCCGCUUCAGGCUCGGGCUCAGGCGUGGCUCCCUCAUCAUCAUCAUCAUCGACGGCCACGUCGUCAGCGCCAUCGCAGGAGUUUGCGCAAUUCCUCGAACCCCUCGUACAGCGCCUCAUCUCUGUCCUCCACUCUCGCACCCCCAUCAAAUCCCUCACGGAAAACUCUGCCGUCACACUAGGUCGUCUUGGCCUCUUCUCCCCUCAACUCGUGGCUCCUUCGCUCCACCUCUUCUUCGAGCCUUGGUGCGCCGCCCUUUGGGAUAUCAAGGACAAUGAGGAGAAGGACAGCGCGUUUCGCGGAUUGUGCGAGAUGAUCAAGUGCAACCCUAAUGGGGCUGUUAAGGGAUUCAUCUAUUUCUGUAAUGCUGUGGUGAGGUGGACGAACCCGAGCGUGGAGUUGAAUGAUGAGUUUGGGAGGAUCUUGCACGGGUUUAGGGAUAUGAGUGGCGAGGGGUGGGAAGGGAUGAGGGGACAGUUGCCCGAGGUUAUCAGGGGGAGGUUGAGGGAGCGCUAUCAGAUUUAGAGGAGGGGCCGAGGCGGGGGCCAAGGGGGGCGAAGGAAGGAAGCAUUUUUGUUAGCAGUCAGUCAGUCAGUCAUAUCACCAUCGGGAACGAGGUUCUCAACCAUUCAUCCACAACGAUAGCUUCACCACCCAUAGACACACACACACACACACACCAGUUUUGGACGAUGCCAAUGCCCAAUCUGAUUCGCUCUCACUCGCUCAGAGCGCCUCGCCAUCGAUGUCCUCGUCCUCAUCAUCAUCCUCAUCGAAGCCCGCUGCGACCGUCAUUCUCACGUCCCUGCUGCUUGGCUCAGGAACAGCUUUCCCCUCCUCAACAUCCACAUCAACCCCCCUUCCCUUCGCACCACCCACCGCGCCCGCACUGCCCCUCUCAAUCCCCGCCCUACACCCCUCCAAAGUCUGAGGCGCAAAUACCAACCAACCCUCCCACACAUCCACC